AAAUGUCCACUGUAGUUAAAGUUUGAAAGGGCUCCAUUCCAAGAUCCCCUUCCUAUCAAAGAAAACCUAAAAGAAAGAAAGAAAGAAAAUGGGGUUUGCAUUGAAUCUGAUAGACUUUGUUCUGUUCCUGUUCUUCCUGUUAAUAGCAUUCGCUGCACCCCUCAUUGAUGGACAAACAUGUCUUCCUCUCACUUACUUCCCUGAAUUUCUCGUUGAGCUUAAGCAAUGGUACACCCAUGAAUACGGUGAUUACCUUGUUUCUGAGAAACCUCACUUCUUUGUUGGCUUGGUUUGGCUCGAGCUUCUGUUUCUAUGGCCCCUUUCUCUUCUUAAUCUCUAUGCCCUCUUCGCUUCCAAGCCUUGGUUCAACACCACUUGCUUGAUCUAUGGUGCAUCCCUCUCCACUUCCAUGGUUGCUGUGUUAUCAGAAAUGAUGCUUUCCAACAAGGCAUCCGAGAAGCUAUUGAAAAUGUACUUCCCUUUCAUGGGUUUUGGUGUCUUAGCUCUCUUGCGAGGGUUGAUGUCAAAUUCUUCGAGGUCAUCUUCAAGCAGUGGCCGGAGACCUGCGUUCGCACUGAGGAAAAAACGUGCUUGAAGUGACAGCUGUACUUGUUUGGGAUGUUGACUUUGUAUUUAAUUCUUUGGGUUCCUAUCAAUUUUGUAACUGAGAAAAAGAUUUUGUAUUAGGCAAACUUCAAAUUCCAUCGUGUUGCAUAAUUUGCCAUGAGAAGAAAUAAAAUGUUAAUGUUGGAUAAUGGUACC